CUCUCUCUUCUCAUCCCUUGCUGCUCCUUGUAUUGGACCCCUCUUUAUCUUUCUUUCUCUUCUCUCUAAAAUCUCGAAGAGCUGUCAUAAACCAAUUUGGGAACAGCCCUCUGGUCUUUGGUUUCAGGGAGUGGAGUCGAAGGAGUGUGGGGGAGGGAAUUCUGGAGUGGAAAUGGCGGGGGUUUUGAGCGAGGAGGCUGGAGUGGGAAGGUCUGUGGAGGGGAUUUCGAGUGGACAGCGUUGCCAAUCAGGGGAAGCACUAGCAGAGUGGCGGUCUUCUGAGCAGGUGGAGAAUGGAACUCCAUCGACUUCGCCCCCUUAUUGGGACACUGACGAUGAUGACGAUGAUGGCUGGCCAAAACCUUCUGAGUUAUAUGGAAAAUACACGUGGAAGAUAGAGAAUUUUUCACAGAUUAGCAAACGAGAACUCCGUAGUAAUGCAUUUGAAGUUGGUGGCUACAAAUGGUAUAUCUUAAUUUAUCCCCAGGGCUGUGAUGUUUGCAAUCAUCUCUCAUUGUUUCUCUGUGUUGCAAAUCAUGACAAACUCCUACCAGGCUGGAGUCAUUUUGCUCAGUUUACAAUAGCUGUUGUAAAUAGAGAUCCAAAGAAGUCAAAAUAUUCUGAUACUUUACAUCGUUUUUGGAAAAAAGAGCAUGACUGGGGUUGGAAAAAGUUCAUGGAGCUAUCAAAAGUGUCUGAUGGGUUUAAAGAUGGUGACACUCUAAUUAUAAAGGCUCAAGUUCAAGUCAUCAGGGAGAAAUCAGAUCGCCCUUUUCGAUGCCUUGAUUGUCAGUAUAGGAGAGAACUUGUUAGGGUAUAUUUGACAAAUGUAGAGCAAAUAUGUCGGCGUUUUGUGGAAGAAAGGCGAGGGAAGCUUGGGAGGUUGAUAGAGGACAAAGCUCGGUGGUCAAGCUUCUGUGCUUUCUGGUUGGGGAUUGACCAAAAUGCCAGGCGCCGUAUGUCUAGAGAGAAAACAGAUGUAAUUCUGAAAGUAGUUGUAAAACACUUUUUUAUAGAAAAGGAAGUCACAUCUACUCUGGUAAUGGAUUCCUUGUAUAGUGGAUUGAAGGCUCUUGAAGGGCAGGCCAAAUGCAAGAAAGUGAGGCCACAGUUGUUGGAUGCCGAGGAAACACGAGCUCCUAUUGUUCAUGUAGAGAAUGAUAUGUUUGUUUUGGUGGAUGACGUGCUGCUACUACUAGAGAGGGCUGCCUUGGAACCAUUGCCACCAAAAGAUGAGAAGGGUCCUCAAAAUCGUACAAAGGAUGGUAGCUCUGGGGAGGACUUUAACAAGGAUUCCAUUGAGCGGGAUGAAAGGCGUCUUACAGAAUUGGGGCGUAGAACUGUGGAAAUUUUUGUCCUCGCCCAUAUAUUCAGCAAUAAAAUUGAAGUUGCCUAUCAGGAAGCUGUUGCAUUGAAGAGGCAAGAAGAGCUAAUUCGUGAAGAGGAAGCAGCAUGGCUGGCUGAAAGUGAGCAGAAGGCUAAACGUGGUGCUGCUGAAAAGGAGAAGAAAACAAAGAAAAAACAGGCUAAGCAGAAACGGAACAAUCGCAAAGGGAAAGAAAAAAAGAGGGAGGAAAGGCCCAGUGCUGGUAUUCAGGACAAGCAUGAAGAAGAAAACCUUAGUGAUGAGAAAAAGGAGCCCAUUUCAGAAGAUGCUCAGCCUGUGCUUGAAAAGCCUGACAUGCUGGAAGAUAUUUCGGAUGUUUCUGAUUCAGCGGAUGGUGUUGCUGAAGUGCUUCAGCCUGAUUCAGAAGACAGGGAUACUGAUACAUCUGAAGUUACGCCUCCAACGGAAGCCAGUAGCAGUGGAAUUUGUAGCCUAUCAUCUGUACCGAAUGGUAUGGCUGAAAAAAGGAGUCCAAUGGAUGAUAGUUCAUCAACGUGUUCUACCGAUUCGGUCCCAUCAGUUGUGAAUCUUGUGAUGAAUGGUCCCUAUAAAGGGAACUCCUUAAACUACCAGAAUCAAAAGUCACCUAGCAGAGGGAAGAACCAGCGAGGUAAGGUGACACAUGAUGGGAAUAAUUGGGCAAAUGAAACAGAUGAUCAGCCUUCUAGGUCUGCUACAGAUGCAGGGGAGCAUAAUGACGUCUCUGAAAGCAAUAAGGCUGGUGAAUCUGAGUCUGAGACAGUUGUUUCAUCCUUGCCGGAUCGGCCAAAGUGGCUUGAGCAGCAUGUUGCCAAGAAGGAGGAAGUUGUUCCGGUACAAAAGAAACCAAUUAUCAAAGAUCCAGUGGAUGCAGAAAGACCUAAAGAGAAGACAGCAGCUGUAUCAUCCUCUCCAAGAAGCCCACCUAGAAAUAUGCAGUCCACUGCUCAAUUGAAGUCAGAUCUGAAGAGCGCUGCUACUGCAGAUCCUGUUCCAAAUAUGAAAGCAACUCCAAAUGGCCAGCAACAGACUGAUCAAGUAGCAGCAUUGAAUACUUCAUCCCAAUCCACUGGCGUGGUUAGAUCUGAGAUCCAGAAGGCUGCUGUGCCAAAGCCGACUGAAAAGCCCCUGGAACAGCAGCUACCUAUGAUGUCAAGGCCCUCUAGUGCCCCACUUGUGCCUGGUCCUCGGCCAACUGCUCCUGUUGUUUCCAUGGUGCAUACUUCCCCACUCCUUGCCCGUUCUGUUAGUGCAGCUGGGCGGUUAGGUCCUGAUCUCUCACCUGCUACUCAUAGUUAUAUUCCCCAGUCCUAUAGAAAUGCCAAAAUGGGAAACCCUGUUAGUUCAAGUUCAGCUGGUUUAGCUCAUCCUAGCUCUCCUAGUUUGGGGGUGAAUCCGUCUCCUGCAUACUCACCACAGCAUACCAUGGUAUCUGCACCUAUGUAUAUACCCCAGAGCUCAGAAAGGAUGGAGCCAAAUCAAGUCCAGUCAGGCUUUCCUUUUGGCAUGGUAUCUCGGGAUGUCUUACAGAAUGGGCACCAGUGGGUCGAGAGUUCCCAAAGGGAUGGCAACAGAAUGAUGCACCGUGAUCCUUCUUCCCUGGUCAAUGAUAUGCAAAACCUUGACUUAUACAAGCCUGUGCCCUCCGGAUCCAGGGAGCACUUUUCUAAUGAGUUUUCUGCCUGUACAUCUGGAAGACAAACCCAAGGUGUGUUGGCAGAUGAAUUUCCUCACCUUGAUAUCAUCAAUGACCUGCUUGAUGAAGAACAUGGAGCUGGGGUGGCAGCUAAGGCAAGCACAGUCCUUCAGUCUCUCGGCAAUGGACCACAUGUUUUAAAUCGGCAGUUUUCUUUCCCAUGUGAUAUGAGCAUAUCAGGUGACUCAUCCGGUUCAUGUAGGUUUGAACGGACAAGAAGUUACCAUGAUGAUGGGUUCCACCGCGGUUAUAGUUCUUCUGGCAGCCAUUAUGACUCGGUAAGGGAAUAUAUUCCCCAAACUAGUGCAGUGCACUAUCCAAAUGGGCAAAUAGAUGGGAUGGUUCCAACCGUGUGGCAGAUGACUGGUUCUGAUCUAUCAUUACUAGGUGUGAGGAACGUAGAAGGCGAUGGUUACCCCUAUUUCCACCCAGAGUAUUCAAAUUUGGCAUGCGGUGUUAAUGGCUACACAGUAUUCCGACCUUCAAAUGGACAGUAAAGGAGGGUACGACGGAGUUAGCCCGCCAAUUAGAGGGUUAUUUUUCCGUUGUAAUAAUGUAUUUGAAGGAAUUGUUGGGUAUUAGAUUUGGAGUGAGGUUGUAAUCUUUCCAUAAGAAAAAAAAAAAAAUGUUAUGUAAAGAGUGUUUCUGCCUUUGUUUUUAUCAAGUUAUUUAGUUUUUUCCUAGAAAAUGAGGUUUUGAUGUAUUUUGGGCAUUUGGUUAAUGGUUGAUAAAUUUCAUCUACAGCUUGCUGCUAUUCCUCAGUAAAAUUCUGGAAACAGGUUUAUGUUA